GGAGACAAGGGGGCCGGGGUACAACAACAUGAGAGGCGCUGCACGACGGCUCCACAACAACAACAACACCACCUUCACCAGGCGUCCUCUCCCAGCGCUGGACACCCUCGUCGCUGGCAACAAACUGUUGGCAGUAUUUACCCUCUAAGGCCUGACCAAUAAGGUUAGGACCAGUGGCUGCUUCCCACUGUUGCCUUUCAUAAUUGCUCAUCCAUACACCAGGAGGAUUAAAUUUGCUGUGCCAACAUCAGGUGCCGUGAAUGUCAUGUAAGUGGCAGAAACACGAUAUAUAUUUGUGUGUCAUUACUGAGUAUCAUAGAAAACAGCAGUGUAAAAAAUACUGCAUUUACUGCUUCAUCGCUUAGGAUCUUGAAGCUGAGCUGAUUACUACAGCACACUCCAGAGACACCCUUAUCAAUCUUUUGACACAUAUUCAUGUGCACCAUUCAUCUGAAGUAAUCCUUGUGUGUUACUAACACUUUUAAGUUAAUUGAAGCUGAUGUAGAUUCCAAGUGAAAUGAGAAUAUUUAAUUAAUAUUUAUUGAAUUUCAUUUACGUUUUUAGCAUGGAAUAUUGUGUGAGAAAAAUAUUUAAUUGUUACUGUACUUUAAGUAAAAUCUUUGAAAAACUAUUGUAUAGAAGUAGAUAACUGCUGUAUCACGAAUAUAACAUUGCAAGUUCAGUUACUGUGUAUUGUGAAGGAAUCUUAAUUGUUGUGAUGAGAGGAUCACAUGUCUCUCUUUACUUUGUCCCUUCAUGUCACUGUUAAUCAAAAUUCCUGUAUCAUCUAACUACACUUAGACAUAUAUGCACAUUUGUAAAUAUAGGAGUCUUAGCAUAUUAUUGUGCAGUGUAGGGUAAUGAUGAUCAUGUAAACACUUUUCUUUUUGACUGUUAUUAAUGAACUAUAUCAGUACUGUACUUGAUAAACAUACAGCAUUGUAUAUUUAGUGUAGUGAAAUUAUUUUGGUGUUCUGUGGUUAGAAUAUUUAUCUAAUCACAUUUUACUUUGAUAACGCACAUGGCAGUGUACAUUGAAAAAAUAAUUAAAGCUAGCAUUCAGUGUGUGUAUUCCUUUAGAAUAGAUCUGCCCGAAAUGCUAUGCGUGUUAAUGGAUUUGCAUGAAUGUAAAAAUACCUUUCUUAUGUAAUCUCACAACCCAUUGUACCUACUUGCAAAUAAAUUAUUAUUAUUAUUAUUAUUAUUAUUAUUAUUAUUAUUAUUAUUAUUAUUAUUUAUUAUUUUGGGAAUUAAAGUUGUGUAAAUCACAUCCCACACGCAUUCAGAAAUAAUUAAAGUUUUUAAGUGUAUUUUUUGUGAGACUUGACUUAGGAUAAAACUCAAACAAAAUCUUCCUAGAAUAUGCAAAACUAUUCACAUAGUAAAAAUGUCACUUACUAUUGAUGUUUCAAAACAGUUCUGAAAGAAAGCAUUAACAAAUAUUUCCUAUAAAAAAAUAAACUUUUGGUAUAAGUUAAACAAAACAAUUGGUAGAUUAUACAUAACUACAUAGUUAUGGCUUCUGGAACUACCUCCCAGACACCUUCAUCUUUCACUACCGACCACAUUAAUGCUCACUUAGAAAAAUCUAGUGAAGCAAAGCAAAUGAGAGUUCAUUCAGAAGACAAACCAUAUCAGUGUUCAGAAUGUUUAAAAGCCUUUUCACAAAAAAAUAAUCUAGUAAGACACAUGAGAACUCACACAAAAAAGAAACCCUAUUCAUGUUUGGAGUGUCUUAAAAAAUUUUCACAUAAAUAUAGUCUUGGAAUUCACAUGAAAACUCAUACAGGUGAGAGACCAUACAAGUGUUCACUGUGUCAAAAUGCUUUUUCACAUAAACUUAUUCUAAUAACACACAUGAGAACUCACACAGGAGAGAAACCAUAUAAAUGUUCAGUAUGUUUGAAAGACUUUUCACAGAGAAACAAUUUAAUGAGACACAUGAAAGUUCAUACUGGAGAGAAGCCACAUCAGUGUUUGGAGUGUCUAAAAGACUUUAAACAUAAAUAUAGUUUAAAAAUACAUAUGAGAACUCAUACAGGUGAAAAGCCAUAUCAGUGUUCUGUAUGCCAAAAAGUCUUCUCACAGAAACUUACUCUAGCAACCCACACAAGAACUCAUACAGGAGAGAAGCCAUUUCAAUGUUCAGUGUGUCUGAAAGAAUUUUCACAAAAAAAUAAUCUAAUGAUUCACAUGAGAACUCAUACAGGAGAGAAACCUUUUAAUUGUUCAAUGUGUUUAAAAGUCUUUUCAAUUAAAAAAAAUUUAGAAAUGCACAUGAGAACUCAUACAGGAGAGAAACCAUAUCAGUGCUCGGUGUGUCUAAAAGACUUUUAUAACAAAUACGACUUAGAAAAGCAUUUUAGAGUUCAUUCUGGAGAGAAACCAUAUCAGUGCUCAGUGUGUCAAAGACAUUUUUCACAACAAAAUAGCCUUGCCACACACAUGAGAACUCAUACAAAAGAGAAGCCAUAUCGAUGUUCAAUGUGUCUAAAAGACUUUGCAACAAAGCCUGCUCUUGGAAAACAUGUGAAAACUCAUACGGGAGAGAAACCAUACCAAUGUUCUGUGUGUUUAAAAAAGUUUUCAGAAAAACAUAAUCUAGUGAGACAUAUAAGAACUCAUACAGGGGAGAAACCUUAUCAGUGUUCAGUGUGUCUAAAAGAAUUUUCACAAAAUGAUAUUGCAAGACAUACGAAAACUCACACAGGAGACAAGCCCUAUCAGUGUUCUGUGUGUUUUAAAGAUUUUUCAAUAAAAUGUAAUCUAGUAACACACAUGAGAAUUCACACAGGUGAGAAACCAUAUUGUUGUUCUGUUUGUGAGAAAGACUUUUCACAGCUGUCUACUCUAAGAACACACAUAAAAAUUCACAAACAGAAUCCAUAGCACACUUUUAGAGUUUUAAAGGCAGCUUAAAAUCUGCUUUGGUAAUUCACAGGGGAUUUAUAAAUCACAUCACAUUACAUAAAUCAUAAAUUACUGCUAGAGAUCAGUCAAUUAUGCCCAUAUGCAUAGAGGAAAAGUGUUGAGAAAUCUUGGGCCUUUGAUGUUGAUUGAGUUCACUCUCAGCAUGCCUAUUGCAUCUCUGCUUUUCAGUGGGGCUAUUUUGCGCAUCUUAGCAUCCCUUCUGGUCUCAUGUGGUGCUAUUUCUGCUUGCAGAUUUAGAACCAGUCCUCCUUGUAUUUUCCAAACAUAAAUUAUAAUGUAAAUCAUAUUUUUGAAACCACUACAGGUUUUCAAUUAAAUUUUCAGUCAAGUUACCUGUUAUCUGUCACUUAUUGAUAGAUAUUCAGCAAUGUGUAUAUUCCUAGAAAUCCCAUACUUAAAAUGAAAUUAGUACUGCACAGGCCAAAAAUUCUGGUAAAGUUUCACUGAAGAAUUAGUUAGGUUAUGUGGUCAGUUGAGAAGCAUUAAAUGUUUUUGCAUUAAUAAACUGUGUAAUUC